GACUAACAUUUGAUUUAUUACUCCUACAGACUCUGCUUUGUUAAUAUGCGAUGUAUUAGUGAUGCUGUUCGUUUACAUAAGAGCCUUAAUCGUUAAUCCAUGUAGCCUACCUGAGGUUGUGUGAGAUUUGGUCAGUCGAGCUAUAUGGGAGGCUAUGAUUACCCUCAUUAUCACAGUGCGUCUUGAGUUAAAUUCAGUCCGGAGAUUAGCUAUCUUUAGCUCGUUUGCAUUGGCUUCUGGCACAGGUGCACAAUAGACUUAUGUAGUUCCAUUAUAUUGAAAGCCAUACCAUUUUAAUGGGCUUAAAGCUUCUCCGUGCUACGGUGACCUCUGAGGUCACAACAUAAAAGUUUUUGAAGAAAAGGAGCCCCCCCCUAAUCUGCUCUUCUGUUUUUAAACGUCAACUUUCAGCCGAAAUCCAGGUGGCACGCUGCUUGUGACACUGCAACACGGGGUGGCACACUCUUUAAACGGCAGGGGAGGACACCGCAGGCUGCCCAGAGCACAUGAACAGACACAGACACGCACACUCAUAGAAUCCCGCCAUGGAGAACUCCAGUAACACGCUGCUUGUUAAAGUGGCUGCGGUGGUCGUGAUCAGCAUUACGGCCGCCCUCGUGAUGCAUGUCCAGGAUCCAUCCGACACUGUCCUCGGAGUCGGCUACCCAGAAUUGUGGCGGAGAACCGGACUAGCUGGCGCGCCAGCAAGAGCCGCAACCUGCAUCCUGGCAGGAGUCUUACUCCUCACAUUGGGGUGGUUGUACAGGCUACUAUUCGCUCCUCUGGAGCUCUUGCGAUCCCCCGACGAGGUGGGUUACAUCGCUGAAGACGGGCGCACCCGUGCUCAAGCCGCUAAUGAUGUGAGACGGCGGCGGAAGACAGGAGAGCUGCCGCCCGUUUAUCCAAACGGAUGGUACCGAGUGCUGGAUUCGCACAUGCUAGAGAGAGGGGAUGUGAAAAACGUGACUGUGCUCGGAGAGCAGGUUGCUGUCUUCCGGGGUCUCGAGGGGAAGGCUUACGUGGUGGAUGCCUACUGCCCCCACCUGGGUGCCAACCUGGCAGUGGGGGGGCGUGUGGUGGGCGAUUGCAUCGAGUGCCCCUUCCACGGGUGGCAGUUUCGGGGGGAGGACGGGAAGUGUAUUAGGAUCCCUUAUGCAGAGAAAGUGCCAGAGUUUGCUAAGGUGCGCUGCUGGCCCAGCUGUGAGAUCAACGGUCAGAUCCUGGUGUGGUUCCACUGUGACGGAGAUGAGCCCGGCUGGAGGGUGCCUGAGCAGAGGGAGAUCACCCAGGGCGUGUGGGUCUACCGUGGACGCACCGAGCACUUCAUCAAUGCACACAUAGAGGAGAUCCCAGAGAACGCUGCAGACAUCGCCCAUCUGGCUCACCUGCACACUCCUGGCAUCGUGAGCGGGGUGGACCUGCGCUACACAAACAGCAAGACCUGGGAGUUUGUGCGACAUGACUGGAAGGUCGAGUGGAAGCCCGAGACGGAGCCCAAUAAGCACUGCUCUCAGAUGCUGGUGAAGCACGCGCUCACUGUGUUCGGACGCCGCUGGCCACUGCUCGACCUGGAUGUGGUGGCAAGACAGGUGGGCCCAGGCAUUGUGUUCCUGCUCUUUGACCACAGUUUCCUGGGUCACGGGGUCAUCAUGCACUGCGUGACCCCAGUGGAGCCUCUUCUCCAGUGUGUGUCCCACACCAUCUUCUACCAGAGCAGCAUCCCCCCUCUGGUCCCCAAAUUCAUCUUACGAGCUGAAUGCAUCCAGUUUGAGCGAGACGUGAUGAUCUGGAACAAUAAGAAGUACAUCUCCAAACCCAUGCUGGUGAAAGAGGACUCGGCCAUUCAGAAGCACCGCCGAUGGUUCAGCCAGUUCUACAGCGAGAACAGCCCCAGACUACGCUACCAGCACGACACAAUGGACUUUUGAACACACUCUGGAGGUGUGUCAUCUAGCAAUCCAAUGGAUUUACAUCCCACUGGAUCAAGAUGCUGUUUGGAUGUACUAUUUUAAAAGACACUUUUAAUGACUGAAGCUAAAUGAAAUACUUCAGAAGAGGACGACUGGUUAUCCUAAGAGAAGAUGAGGUAGGAAGGGGUGCUGACUAGGAGUUUAACGGUAUGCUAAUGACAGUAUGCUUUAAUAAGCAAAUCUAAAAUAAAUGUAAUGAUUGAUUUUCCUGUAUUCAUAUACACAAGAAUGUAACCAAAAAAUCAAAUGGUAGAAAAUUAAUACCAGAAUAAAGGCAUUCCUUUUUCUUUGCAUACUGCAUUGGUAUACCAAAUUCAUGGGGUCAUUUUGCACACCGUUGCACUCCUAGUACCAAGCAUCUCCCAUAUUUGAUACCAAGCAAUGGGGUUUAGGGAAGGGGGCUUGAGGAAGCUUUGAGGACGGUCCUUGUCGAAGUGCCUGAGAGGCCUAAGAUUCAAUGGACUGUGAUAGCAUAUUGGCCUGUUUAAAGCAAGGACGCGUCAGGUCAGGCUCCCUCCAAGCACUGCGCUACGUGUUCAAACUCGAAAGCCAUCCCAAAGAAACGGAUGUCAUGAAUCAGCCCGAGAAUAUAGAACAGCUUUAAUGCCAGCAGAAGACAUCCGAAUGCCAAGAUUUACCUCAACCUUCUCGCAAGCCUGAAGGACUCAUUGCACAAAACUGACACUGACCUCACAAGCUGAUUCAGCAGAAAGUGUGAGUGUAUGUGAGAGAGAGAUAGAAGUUGUUUCAAGUUGAACUGUGUGUAUAUGUACGAUGUUGCUGUCACUCUCAGCGCGCUCGGUGACCCGUGACGACGGACUCCGUGUCACUCCAGUCCCGCGAUGCCACACCUCAUCCCAGGUCUGUGAGAGGCACUGGCAUGAAACGGACACAGAUAAGCCUUAAAACAUGACACCGUCGAGCCCUCCCUCCACCCGGACCCCUCACCCCGCACCCCACACCCCGCACCUUGCACCUUGCACGUCCAGAGCCCCGCUUUCUGUAACAACAUCAAGUGUGUGUGUCCUGCGGAGCAGCAGUCAUGUGUUGUGUUUGUUGUCCAGCCUCUGGGGACAUGGCACUUAUCUGGAGUUUAUGAGGCGGCUGAUAGCGGAUUGCAUUAGCCACACUGAAACCUGAUAGUGGUCGGCUAAUCAGGCACUGCAGUGGGCACCUGCAUUUAAUUUCGCUAUGAAGCAUUUUGAGGUACUUUGCUGGUCAAGAAGACAGCCUCUGGUAUCCAUAUACAUUUAGGAAUAUAUAAAUUAGACUUACACGUACAGUAGAUGAAUAAUUUAUAUGUGUUUUCUUUUUUCAAAUCCGACUUUCCUAUGAUAUACAGUAAGUAGCCACAUCCUUCAUAUACAACAACAUUAAUCUUUGACAAUAUGAACAUAAAGGCUUUCAAUCAGUACAUGUAACUGUAACAGUUAGAAAGCAUUAUAAUAAACUAGUGACAGCGAAUCCAAGAUUAUGUUAGUUUUUGUUCAUUGCUGUUUUUGUAAACAGAUACUACUAAACUAAAGUCUUAUGGGGAAAAAUAAUUGCACUUAUGAUGACAAACUCAGGUUAUGUCUGAAGAUUAACAGAAUGAUCACCAGAAUCUACUGAGCACUUACAAAAUUCAUUUUUGAAAUACAUUGAUUAAGUGAAUGUUACAUAUACAAGAAUAAAUCAAUAAUUAAAGCAAAUCUGCUUUGGGUUCAUGGAAUAUUAAUGUUAAAUGACAGAGAUUCGCAUAACAAAAAGGUCUCUUGGGUUUCAAUGCUUCUGUAUUUCUAUGACGACUAAGGCUUCCAAAUCUCUUGUAGCUUCUUCUAAGACCUAGAUCGCCUGUUAUUUGUCUUCAGCCUACACAGUUUGUCAGCCUCAGCCUUUGUAGCAGGCUGGGCUAAUAGGCUAACAUAAUUCACUUCAUUGCACGGGCUCCAUGCCGAUGAAUAUAACCAAGUGGGUUGAAGAAAAGGGGGUGAAAUUCCUUAGCCUGUCCAGCAUCCGUAGCAAUCCCCAAAUGGCACUUUCACUUUGGUAUGAUGUUGUACGCUGGUUAGAAGUAAUUCAAACGACUAUUUACUGUUUGGAAAUUUUUGAAAAUGUUGUUUUGUCAUCUCAAUUGUAAGUCUGUCUUUGAAAUGACCUCAGUCAUGUCAUGCAUUGACCUUCUGAUGUUGCUGAAUGUGUUUCACUUUGGACAGUCUAACCUGCUGGUAUCAGCCUACAUAUAGGAGAUAGCCAUGAAGUUCGUCAAAAUGCUGUGAACAUGUAAUACUAUCGUUGGAGCUUGUUAGAGAUUCCUGUGUCCCAUACAUUAUCAGAAAGUGUUAAUGAAAUGUACAUUUUCCGGAGUUUGCCCAUCAUCUUUUGGCCAGAAAAGGGUGCCAUUGUUAUUUAUGUAAAAUUCAGUCAUCCGAUGUUGGCUGCUUAGUUGCAAUGUUACUUGUAAACACAUAUAUGGUAAUAUGACAGUGGAUGGGUCAGAGAUGUUUAAAACACACCUACAUGUGUAUUACAAAUAAUCUGUUGAAACACUACAUUAUAGUUGAUGGGGGAAAAAAUAUGAUGAAUGCAGCUUGGUUGACAUGAGGUUUAUGUAAUCGAGGUUGUGUCUUGAUUUUUGUAACUUUUGACUGUAUGUCUGAUAUUUAUUGAAUGAAAAGUUUUUGUGAAUGGGAAGACUGUGUGAUGCUGUAAGAUGCUGUACAAAUCAAUGCUGUAAGACUUUCAAUGACAUGUUUUCUGUAACUCAAAGGCAAAUGCAUUUCCGAUAUACAUGCGUCUCUACUGAAGCAGCCCGAUAUACAUGCGUCUCUACUGAAGCAGCCAGAGCGCACCGGCCCACAGAGCAUGACUGCUCAGAUUCUCUUUAACAGCAUGCAUGCUGUAGUAGGUAAUUGUGCUCGAUGGUGCAAUGGGAAGAGCUUGUUCAACACAAGUCCACAUAAUUUAUGCUGCACUCAUAGCAGUAUGUAACAUUUCUCCGAAAGCCUGUUAUUAAUACAGAUUAUUUUUGUAACCGGAAAGCCUAGAGAUAACAUACCAAUGUUGUUAUCAUUAAAACAAUCGCCUCACAAUUUAUUCUGUACUCUAGAUGAAAUCUGUAUUAUUUCUGUACAUUUCUGAAUAAAAAUCCUUUAUCAAGUA